AUCGGCAUAGAGCCGUUUGGGAGAAGCGGAGUUCCCUCUAACUCACCGCCGUUUCAGAUGCUUGGCGUUCGUGUAGAAGAAACAUUCUGCGGCCGUAUGCAAGUGGAAAUCGGCGGUGUCAUCAUAAAAGAAGCGGUUGCGAACCGAGCAGACGCGAGCGUUCUCCUUGACCGUCGCGGAUCGGAGCAUUGGAUUCCAGGCGGGGUCGAAUGAACAUCGACGUUGAGCCAGAGCCCCUGCCUGCAAGCGUCAAGGGGCAGUCCUCAGUCUUCUAUAAUCAUCGGAUGUGACACUCGGAUCGGGGGCCACUACGGCUGCUCGCUCGAUCGCGCUCGAACGGGUGUCGAGCGUGUGAUCCAAGUGAGAAAAGAAUUUUCCAAUGAUUGUGAAGAUUUCCUCGGGGGAACGCGCGGCUGCCGGGGAACCAGAUGCUGAAUGAGCGCGAAUACCGUAAUUUCCGCCCCGUCACGCUCAUUGAUAGUACGUUGCAUCCACUCUCCCACCUCCAUCCUUAGCGGACCACCCGGAGGUAAAGUGCAGGCCGAGCGUCGAUCCCGAGAGCACCGUCACAUGCUCGGUGCGAGAAUAUUGAGCUGUCAGCAAGUCUCCGAUACCAGUGUGGUUCCGUUCGUUCGUUCUCGCGAUAAACGUUUCUUCAGAGCUCAGAUACCUACGGACGGCAAGAAUUCAAGCUGAGAUUUCUCGAGGAUUCUGACUAGGGUAGGCGCCGAGCUGGGAAAGACAUCUUUACAAGGAUUCAUAUAGUCAGCUUGAAGAUAGUGGAAAGACAGAGGACUCCCUCGUGGGAUUAUCAGUACAUGUGACUUGGAAGCGAUGGCUUUAUGAUACGUCCACAAGUUUGCACUGCCUCGCUGCUUCGUUUACGCGCAGUGUCUUAGUUCUGCUCCAUCAGAAGUGCGCGCGAGAGUGGCUCAACGGAUCCAGUGACAAAAUGUGGGUUGAUCCCGAUGAGGUGUACUGGAUUCUGAUUAGCGGUUUCAUCGUCGCUUUCUUCUUGGCUUUCGGUGUCGGUGCCAACGAUGUGGCAAAUUCUUUCGGCACUUCGGUGGGAGCAAAAGUCCUCACUCUGCGACAAGCGUGUAUCCUCGCAACGAUCUUCGAAAUCCUAGGAGCAGUUCUCUUGGGGUAUAGAGUGUCUGAAACCGUGCGAAAGGAUAUUUAUACCCCGGAGUUGUACGAAGGUAACGAGAAGACGCUCAUGAUCGGGAAUCUCGCCGCUCUCUUCGGUUCUGCGGUGUGGAAUAUACUCGCGACCUUCUUCGCGUUGCCUAUUUCCGGUACCCAUUCAAUUAUCGGCGCCAUUCUCGGAUUCACGCUGGUCGCGAGGGGUUUGCGAGGAAUCAAUUGGAUCGGACUUCUGAAGAUUAUCAGCUCCUGGUUCGUGUCUCCAGUCUUGUCCGGCAUCGUGUCGUUCGUGAUAUUUUUCUUCAUAAAGUCCUUCAUCCUCAAUAAGGACGAGCCGCUCGAGCCAGGUCUGCGGGCGCUGCCAUUGUUCUACGGCUUCACCGUGUUCGUGAAUGUGAUUUCCGUGUCCCACAAUGGUCCCAAACUCUUGUAUCUCGAUGACAUUCCUCUGUGGGGUGCUCUUCUUCUUUCCCUUGGUAUAUCGUCGCUUGUCAUGCUCGUAAUCUGGUUCUACCAAGUUCCGAAGCUGCGACGGGACAUAGCGGCGUCCCUCGCCAACGAACAGGCACCCACCAUAGCACAAACGAGCGCGCUUCCGAACGGUGCUGAGAAGCAACGAUUGACGGACGGAACUGCGGUGGAGAAAUACGACCGCAGGGCAUCGAUUGCAUCUCUGGAAGCCUCAAUCCUGAAGGCCAAGACGUCAGAGGAAGAGGAGAAGCCGGAAGUGGCUAAGCUUUUCUCGUUCCUGCAAGUUCUAACGGCCAUCUUCGGCUCGUUCGCGCAUGGCGGCAACGACGUCUCGAACGCGAUCGGACCCCUUAUCGCACUGUAUUUGAUCUACGCAAACGGAUCCGUUCAUCAGGAAGAUACCACUGGAUCGGAGUGGAUACUGCUGUACGGCGGCUUCGGGAUUUGUGUUGGACUCUGGCUCUGGGGCAGGAAAGUAAUUCAAACUGUCGGAGAGGACUUGACGAAGGUGACCCCAACGAAUGGAUUUUCGAUCGAAAUCGGUGCCGCGACCACCGUCCUGGCAGCGUCCAAAAUCGGACUGCCCAUCUCGACUACACAUUGCAAGGUGGGCUCGAUAGUGUGCGUGGGUUUGGCGAAAUCGCAGAAAGCCGUGGACUGGAGCCUGUUCAAAGGAAUCAUCGCUGCGUGGCUCCUGACUUUGCCGAUUACCGGGGGUUUGACUGCAAUAAUCAUGGCAAUCCUGAUGCACGUCGUGAGCAACGUCAAUUAGACAACAAAAGUUCUGACCGAUCCCAGUCUGCGUUCUGUACAUAAAAAACUACUAGAUUUUCAAAAAUAAAUGU